AUGCGGCCCCUGGGCCUCGAGGGUACCCCCGCGCUCCGCUGGCGACCUCUGCUGCGUCUCCUGCUCCUGCUAUCUCUGCUGCAGUGGCGGGUACCCCGCGCCCAGACCACGCCCGGAACCCCCAGAGCCCCGACCACACCCGGAGCCCCCAGCUCCCGGACCCAGCCGGCCACCUCCAGCACUCCGAGUCUGCGGGAGCGCGCGCAGGCCCUGAUGCGGGACUUCCCUCUAGUGGACGGCCACAACCAUUUGCCCCAGCUCCUGAGACAGCUUUUCCAGAACAGGCUACAAGAUGUUAACCUGCGACAUUUCAGUCGUGGCCAGACCAGCUUGGACAAGCUUAAGGAUGGCCUCGUGGGUGCCCAGUUCUGGUCAGCCUAUGCCCCCUGCCAGACCCAGGACCAGGAUGCCCUGCGCCUCACCCUGGAGCAGAUUGACCUCAUUCGUCGCAUGUGCACCUCCUACUCUGAACUGGAACUAGUGACCUCAGCCAAAGGUCUGAACAGCACUCAAAAGCUGGCCUGCCUCAUUGGUGUGGAGGGCGGUCACUCACUGGACAGCAGCCUCUCUGUGCUGCGUGGUUUCUACCUGCUGGGAGUGCGCUACCUGACACUCACCUUCACCUGCAACACACCCUGGGCAGAAAGCUCCACCAAGUUUAAACACCACUUCUACACCAACGUCAGUGGGUUGACAAGCUUUGGUGAGAAGGUGGUAGGGGAAAUGAACCGCCUGGGCAUGAUGGUGGACUUGUCCUGUGCAUCAGACACCUUGGUACGACGAGCCCUGAAGGUGUCAAAGGCUCCCGUGAUCUUCUCCCACUCUGCCGCCAGGGCCGUGUGCAACAGUGUGCUGAAUGUUCCCGAUGACAUCCUGCAACUUCUGAAGAAGAAUGGUGGCAUUGUGAUGGUGACGCUGUCCAUGGGGGUGCUUCAGUGUAACCUGUUUGCUAAUGUGUCCACCGUGGCAGAUCACUUUGACCACAUCAGAGCAGUCAUUGGAUCAGAGUUCAUCGGGAUUGGCGGAAAUUAUGAUGGAUCUGGUCGGUUCCCUCAGGGGCUGGAGGACGUGUCCACGUACCCGGUUCUGAUAGAAGAGUUGCUGAGUCGUGGCUGGAGUGAGGACGAGCUCCAGGGUGUCCUUCGUGGAAACCUGCUGCGGGUCUUCAGACAGGUGGAACAGGUAAGAGAGGAGAACAGUGGGCAGAGCCCUGUGGAGGAUGAGUUUCCAGACAGGCAGGUGGUCAGUUCUUGCCACUCCCACCUCCUGUCUCAGCCUCAGAGUAAACACCUGGCCACACACCUGGAGGUGACCAAGUGGCCAACCCAUCAGGUCCUCCAGAGACCCUCGAAAGCCUCCCCAUACUUUGUUCUAGAUCUCGUGGCUGCUGCCACAUUCUCAAUCCUCAGCCUGUGUCUCUGGUGA